CAGUACUGAUCUUCUUCAUAUCAAUGGCCAACAAUCUUCUCUCACCGUUGCCUCUUCUUCUUAUCUUCUUCCUCCACUCUCCCACGGUCUCUGCUCAGCCUCCGGCAGCUGCUCCUGCGCCGCCCGGUCCGCCCAACAUAACGGCAAUCCUCGAGAAGGCCGGCCACUUCAGUAAACUAAUCCGGCUGCUAAAGCACACCCAGAUGGACGACAGAAUCUACAAGGAGCUCAACAACACCGAAGAAGGUCUGACUGUCUUCGCGCCGAACGAUAAGGCCUUCACUGACGUGGAGAAACGCCGGCUGAUAAAGUCCUUCUCGGAGCUGCAGAGGAUUCAGCUCUUGCAGUACCAUGUGGUUCCGACUCUGAUUCCCUUCUCGGAGUUUCAAACUCUGGGCAAUCCGGUGAACACCGAGGCCGGAAGUAACACCGACGAUCAGUUUCCGCUGAACGUGACAACGUCGGAGGAUCAAGUGAACGUGACAACUGGGGUUGUGAAUACUACAGUGUCAAGCACAGUAUAUAUCGAUGACAAGCUUGCUGUUUACGAGGUGGACAAAGUGUUGCUUCCCUUGCAUUUCUUCCCGGCGACGUCUGCUCCUGCUCCGGCGCCGGCCAACCCGGAGAAGAAGGCUCUACCUCAGCCGGAAAUUUCAGCGGCGAUGGCUGUGACUAGGCGGGAACCGGAACUUGAACGCGUCAUGCUGUUUGCUUUGCAGUUUCUGUUUUUCCAGUAUUUUCUUUGA